AUGCCCCCUCGCAAGGCCAAGACCUUCGCGGCUUCAGAGGCGGCGAAGAAGGCAGCGAAGGCGCCCGCGACGAAGAAAGCAGCUGCGCCAAAGAAGGCAGCCGCGCCAAAGAAGACAGCUCCGGCAACCAAGGCAGCACCAGCACCCAAGAACGCAGCGCCCGCAAUGGCUGCGGCGGAACAGGGCUACCGUGUCAUUUUCCGCGAGCACGACCGACCCAACGGGGCCAAGUACCCCACGGACGAGGUCGUAGGCGUGUACCCGACCCUGGCGGCUGCCAAGAAGGUCGUCCACACGCACCUCUUCAAGCAUUGGGAUAUGGAGUGGCUCGACUCGUACGUCGAGUACCCCGAGGGCCAGGGGAGGCUGAGCGAUGGAUGA